AUGCCGUCUCUUUCCUUACCACCAUUUCCUGCUCAAAACUCCCGAGAAUGCCCUAUAAAUCCUCUCUCCCUUCGUUCAAGCUUGCAGCCCGUUGAUCUUUCGAGAGAGACAGAAGCGAACCGGGAAGUAGGCGCAAGCGCAUUUCUUGCGAAGGCGAGACAGAGAAAGUAAUCGAUGGAGUUAUCGGCCUCCUAUUUGUCCCGCGGCGCCGCUAGCUUCUUCACCCAAGCCAAUGCUCUCCACCGCAAGAACCUCACCUUCCAGAAGCUAAACCUGAAGACCAACAUCGAGAUCGUCGCGUUCCCCAUCUUCCUCUGCGCGGUGAUCUUCGUCAUCCAGAAUGUGGUGGAGGACGAGAUGAACAAGGACGGGCAUCGAUACGGGUGCCAGGGAGGGGUCUGCUCCAGCCUCUUCGAGUGGCCGGCGCUCCUCCAAGUUCCUGGCCCCGAGUCUCGCGCAGUGACAUCCGAUCACCCCACCCCCGCGGGCUUGCCCGAUGAGUCUUGCAAGGUCUCGCAGUCCUGUCCGGCGUUGGUACUUUUCACCGGCGGCAAUCAAUCCUUCGCACAAAAGUCUGCUUCUGAGUUCUUCCUCCGCAUUGAACCUCUUGGAUUUCCCCAGCAGUUUGUCUACUGUCAUGCUUCCUAUGACUUCUUGAACUCUGAUGAAAACUCUUUUAAUCUAAAUAUAGGGUACAACUCAACGUGUAAUGAUGGCAAUGGUUAUCUGGUGCGUGUGCCUCACUCGGUGAAUCUGGCCUCAAAUGCCUAUCUGAAGUUUCACGAUGGUCCUGUUGUCAUGGCAGUGCUAUAUCUAAAAGAAAUGCCCAAAACUGGAACACAGUCGAGGUUUGACAUUUCUUCUCUUCUCAGUGCGUUAUUCUUCACAUGGAUCAUUGAGCUACUUUUCCCGGUCAUCUUGACAUACCUUGUCCACGAGAGGCAACAAAAGUUAAACAUUAUGAUGGAAAUGCAUGGGCUAAGGGAUGGACCUUACUGGUUGAUAUCUUACGUCUACUUUUUCUCACUAUCAUCACUCUACAUGAUAUGUUCUGUAAUAUUUGGCUCUCUAAUAGGGCUAAAAUUUUUCAGAUUGAGUGACUACAGCGUACAAAUCGUGUUCUAUUUCUUUUACAUAAACUUGCAGAUAGCGAUGGCCUUUCUCGCAUCACCUUUCUUUUCUGCCGUGAAAACUGCUACAGUCACUGGGUACAUUUAUGUGUUUGGUUCCGGCUUAUUAGGACCAUACCUUUUGCAAUCUUUCAUCGAAGAUACUAGCUUUCCAAGAGCUUGGAUUAUAAUGAUGGAGCUCAUUCCUGGAUUUUCCUUGUAUCGUGGGUUAUAUGAGCUUUCACAGUAUUCCUUUAAAGGAUAUCAAAUGGGGACUUCUGGCAUGCAAUGGGGAGACUUAAAUGACAGGCAAAAUGGGAUGAAAGAUGUGUUGAUCAUAAUGUUUGUUGAGUGGCUAGUAUUUCUUCUAGUUGCAUUCUAUUUGGAUCAGGUAUUAGGAGGAAUCAGGAAGGUUCCACUAUUUUUGUUAAACUAUUUCCAGAAAAAAUCUCCAUCAUCUCAAAGAAACCGUAGUUUGCGGCGACGAGGAUUCGGAGUUCCUGUUGAAACGGAGAGUAGUGAUGUUUCUCAGGAAGUAAGUUGCAUUACUUUUCAGAGCUAUUGUAAACUUGACUGA